AUGGCUCCGGGCCGUCGACGGCAGCUGAACACGCGGCAGCACCGACAGAUAGCGCUGCCGCAGGUGCAGAGAGCCGGAGCCCGGGUGCACAAAACCGGGCCCCGGGUGCCGCCGCCGCCUCCCCUGCCGCUGCCCCCGCAGCCGCCGCCGCCCCCGACCCCGACCCCGACGCCCGGGGCUCCGCGGACCCCGCCGCAGUCGGACGCCUCGCUGGGGGACCUGGGCGAGCAGCGCGAGCGCUGGGAGACGUUUCGCAAACGGCAGCGGCUGAGCUGCGAGGGCGUCGCCAAGCUGCUGCUGGACACCUUCGAGCACCAGGGCCUCGUGAAGCACUCGGGGGGCUGCCACUGCGGCGCCGUGCGCUUCGAGGUGUGGGCCGGCGCCGACCUGGCCGUGGUCGACUGCAACUGCAGCAUCUGCACGAAGAAGCAGAACCGCCACUUCGUGGUACCCGCCACCCUCUUCAAGCUGCUCAAGGGCGCCGACCAGCUGACCACCUACACCUUCAACACGCACAGAGCCCGGCACACCUUCUGCAAGAAAUGCGGGGUGCAGAGCUUUUACCAGCCCCGCUCCGGCGACAGCAGCGUCGGGGUGGUCCCGCACUGCCUGGACGACGGCACCGUGCGGAGCGUGGUGGUGAAGGAGUUCAAUGGCGCCAACUGGGAGAAGGCCAUGAAGGAGUGGAAGAUGAAGAACGCGGCCAAAGAGUGA